CUCUUUCCUCCACCUCUUCGUCUGUCUUUUGUAAUUCUUUCGUCAUUCCUUUGACCUCUUUUCCCCUUCCAUCACACGUCCUCUGACGCGCUCGAUCCUUCGCCACCCGCCCUUCCUGACUUUAUCCAACACUUUAUUCACUGCGAGUAUACCUUUGCCAACAUGCGUUUUUCGGCGAUUGCAGCAUCGGCCCUCGCAGCGGCACCCGCCAUAGUGUCCGCCGCUGGCACAAUGGGCUUCGCUCUGGGCACCAAGCAGGCUAGUGGAGAGUGCAAGUCGCAGCAGGACUACGAGGACGACUUCAAGGCAAUUUCCGAGAAUGCUGGAGCUAAGGUCGUACGCGGAUAUGCUGCGUCCGAUUGCAACUUCACCACCAACAUUCUCCCGGCUGCGAAGAACAAGGGCUUCAAGGUUAUGCUCGGCAUCUGGCCCGACGUUGAUGAGUCGUUCAACAACGACCUCAAUGCGAUCACCAAGGUCGCAAAGGACUACACCGAACAGAUCUACGCCGUCACAGUCGGCUCUGAGACACUCUACCGCGGCAACUUCACUGGCGACGAGCUGAAGUCUAAGAUCGAGACGGUGAAGAAGGCACUCCCUAGCGGCAUCAAGGUCGGCACGGCAGACAGCUGGAACAAGUUUGCGGACGGAACCGCGGAUCCCAUCAUCGGCACCGUUGAUAUUAUCCUGGUCAACGCCUUCGCUUUCUGGCAGGGCGCCGAUACCGAUAACGCGACACACGUCUACCUCGACGAUAUGUUCCAGGCUGUUACCCACAUCGAGGCCAAAGCUGGCGGCCACGACAAAUGCCCUGAGAUCUGGAAUGGCGAGACUGGCUGGCCUACUGCUGUUGGCACCGACUACGGCGCAGCACAAGGUGGUGUUAAGAACGCGGAGACCUUCUACAAGAACGGCUUCUGCUCCCUUCUCGACUGGGGCUUCAACGCUUUCUACUUCGAGGCUUUCGACGAGCCAUGGAAGCCUGCCUCUAUCGGCGACAACGGAAAGAAGGCCGAUGAGACCACCUGGGGUGCUAUGAAGUCCGACCGCACUACCAAAUUCAGCUUGAAGUGCUAAGUGAAUGUAAAUAUCUGAGGAGCGUGGGCGCGUAUCGUUUGGAGCUUUAGACUGAGCACAUAAAUUCUCUCAUCGGCUGGGCGAAUAUCUCACAAAAUCGGGAACUCUGGAUCUUACUGCUCGAGCGUCAUGGUGGUUUGGGAUAACGGAUCCAACCCUAAGCUGGAUAGGGACGCUCAAUACCCACCUAAAUAAUUUUGAAUGUUUAGCUGAAAGUAAAUUAUAUGAAGUUUUGUUUUCCUUU